AUGUUCAACAUCAAGGCGCAACUUCUCGCCCUCGCCCUUGUGGCAUCCCUAGGAGGGGCCAAUACGCAUGACUUGGGCUUCGGAGAGAUCGAUCUGAUCUUCCCACGAAAUGGCACCUUUGAGCCGAUGGUACUCAUGCCCGUUAUCUUCGCAUUUCAGAACCCUAAAGUGAUUAAUGGACUCUAUCCAUACCUUAGGUACGGUGUGUGGCCGGCAGAUCUUCCAAGGGGGAACCAAACAAUGGCCGCCUAUAUCGAUGAUGGUGAGCUGGACCUCAAUACGACGGACCUGGUGUCAUACCUUAAGGGCAGCAUACCGAGCACUCUGCAUCCAGAGAGUCUAAACAUCGAGAAUGAAUGGGAAUUUGUCUGGGGACUUGAUUGGACAAACUGCUCUACACCAGCGAAUGGGACCACUUCCGACGAUAAGCCCGAGGUCAACUUGAACGGCCCGUCCGAUAGCCAUUCUAUCCGCUUCACUACAAAAAAAGGGGCAGGUCAGCCCAAUUUGACCGCUCUUACCGCCGAUGACAAAUGCGAUGACAUUUCAGCUAUGGCGUUUAACGUUACAAAAACUCUCAUAGCUCAAUCAGGCGACCUUCAAGGCGAUAAAUGCGCCGUGCUCGAGACUCCGGCGCCUACUCCUUCUCCUUGCAAGGUCAGCAUCGUUCCUUCGGCUGCCUCGAGCAUAACAGCUUCCAUUACCGCAGCUCAGUGCAAGGGUAUUGACCCUAUUGUGAGCUGCCCAGCUAAAAACGGCGGGGCUAUCAUCGAUAUGGCUUCUUCGCUGAAAUGGUGGACUGCUGGUGUAUUGCUUAUGGGAACGCUCUUGAUUUAG